UUGUUCUUCCCUUUCAGAUGAAGCAUCCGGCUUAGGUUUUGUCACAGGUUUUCAUUUUGUUAAUUGGCUUGGUAGCUUCCAGUCAGGGAUGGAGGGCCUUGACCAGAUGAAUCCUUGCGCUAUCUGCCUCGGCGGCAUCGGCGCCGGCGGGGGGCAGGCCAUCUUCACGGCCGAGUGCUCCCACACGUUUCACUUCCACUGCAUCUCCGCCAGCGUCGCGCACGGACAGCAGCUCUGCCCGCUCUGCAACGCGCACUGGCGCGAGCUGCCAUUCGUGCGACCGGCGGACCCAAUGCCACCCGUGGAUGUCGUGCAGCCGCCGCAGCAGCAUCGGCGACUACCCAUCCAGCCAGCAGAUCCGGUCAUCUUCGACGACGACGAGCAGGUGGGGCUGGCCGCUGGGGCCUCGGCUGAUGACCGGCGGCCAUCAGGAACAUCAUACAACGGGGCAGUGGUUGUCAAGACGCACACCGACUACCCGGCCGUCGCCAGAGACUCGGCUCGCGACAACUUCGCCGUGCUCGUGCACCUCAAGGCUCCCGGCACUGACGCGGCAGGCGACGCUCCGGCGCCACGCGCGCCGCUCGACCUCGUGACUGUGCUGGACGUCAGCAGCAGCAUGCACGGGAGGAAGCUGGCGCUGCUGAAGCAGGCGAUGCGGUUCGUCAUCGACAUCCUCGGCCCCGACGACCGCCUCUGCAUCGUGUCCUUCUCCUCCAGGGCACGCCGCGUGACCAGGCUCGCGCGCAUGUCGGACGCCGGGAAGGCGCUCUGUGCGCGCGCCGUGGAGUCCCUCACGGCACGCCCCGGCACCAACAUCGCCGAGGGGCUCCGCACGGCCGCCAAGGUGCUCGACGAGCGCCGGUACAGGAACGGCGGCGUCUCCAGCGUCGUGCUCCUCUCCGAUGGUCAGGACAACUUCACCCCGAUGAGGCAGGCGUUCGGCCGGGGACCGCCCAACUACGCAGCGCUCAUCCCGCCAUACUUUGCGCGCACGGACAGCGCUGCCGGUGAUCGCACUGCGCCCAUCCACACGUUCGGUUUCGGCAGCGACCACGACACCGCCGCGAUGCACGUCGUCGCCGAGGCGUCGGGCGGCACGUUCUCGUUUAUCGAGAACGAGGCGGUGAUCCAGGACGCGUUCGCGCAGUGCGUCGGCGGGCUUCUGUCAGUCGUGGUUCAGGAGGCCCGCGUCGAGGUCGCGUGCGUGCAUCCCGGCGUUCGGGUCUGUUCGGUUAAGUCCGGGCUUUACGAGAGCCGCGUCGACGAGGAUGGCCGCGCUGCCUCGAUUGUAGCGGGCGAACUUUACGCCGACGAGGAGAGGCGUUUCUUGCUGUUCUUGGUCAUACCGAGAGCUGAAGAAACGGACGGUGAUGCCACAACUCUUCUCAAAGUUACCUGCGCCUACCGAGAUGCGGCCGCCGGCGGGGACAUCAACGUGACGGCCGAGGACACGGUGGUGGCGAGACCGGAGCACGCGGCAGACGUGGCACGGUCGGUGGAGGUGGAUCGGGAACACGUCCGGGUCGAGGCCACCGAUGACAUUGCGGCGGCGAGGGCGGCAGCAGAGCGAGGCGCGCACCAGGAGGCGGUGGAGAUACUCGAGAACCGCCGGCGAGCGGUAGCGCUGUCGGAUGCAGCACGAGGCGGCGACGCUAUGAUUGCCGCGCUGGAGAUGGAGCUGCGGGACAUGAGCAGGCGCGUGUCGAGCCGGCAGAGCUACGCGCGCUCGGGUCGAGCGUACAUGCUCGCCGGCAUGAGCGCGCAUAUGCAGCAGCGGGGCAGUUCAUCGCAGCUGCAGCUGCCUUCGGUGAUUGGAUUCGACUCUGGACGUGUGACGACGUCGAUGGCAGGGACAAACCAGGUGUCGCAGCAGGUCGCUGCAACGCUGCCGUACGCGACGCCGGCCACGCUCGCCAUGCUGUUGCGGUCGCGGAAGGCGCGCGAGGCCGCAGCCGAAAGCGAGCAGCAACAGCACAAGGUGCAAGAAGGAACUGAAGGCUCCGAACCAAAGGUCCCCGAGGAGCUGAACCAGUAGCUUUACAAAACCGAUGAAAUUCUGAUAUGCAAUUUGUUUUACAAAACCUAGGAGUACAUGAGAUUAAUUUGAUUUACGAUUUCUCUUUUGGGAA